AUGCGCGGCGGGGCGCGGAGCCGGGCCGGCCCCCGGGUCCGGCUCCGGAGGGCUCCCCUUUUGUUCUUCCUCUGCCACCUGGGCUGGGCGUCCGGGCAGGUCCGGUACCCGGUCCCGGAGGAGGCCCCGGAGGGGACGUUCGUGGGGAACAUCGCCCAGGACUUCCUGCUGGACGUGGGGAGCCUGUCGAGCCGCCGGCUGCAGGUGGCCGGCGAGGCGAACCGGCGGCACUUCCGCGUGGACCUGAGCAGCGGGGCCCUGCUGGUCCGCCACCCCAUCGAUCGCGAGGCGCUGUGCGGGCUCGGCGCCAGCUGCCUGCUGCCGCUCGAGUUCGUCACCGAGGGGCCCCUGGAGAUGUACCGAGCCGAGGUGGAGGUGGUGGACGUGAACGACCACGCGCCCCGCUUCCCCCGGCCGCGGCUGGAGCUGGAGAUCGGCGAGGCGGCCGCCCCGGGCCAGCGCUUCCCGCUGGAGAAGGCGCGGGACGCCGACGUGGGCAGCAACUCGGUCAAGAGCUACCGUCUGAGCCGCAGCGAGUACUUCGCCCUGGACGUGAAGAAGCGCGGCGACGGCAGCCUGGUCCCGGAGCUGCUGCUGGAGAAGCCGCUGGACCGGGAGAAGCAGGCGGACUUCCGCCUGGUGCUGACGGCCCUGGACGGCGGGUCCCCGCCGCGCUCGGGCACGGCCGAGCUGAGGGUGACGGUGCUGGACGUGAACGACAACGCCCCGGCCUUCGAGCAGUCCGCCUACCGGAUCAGCGUGCCGGAGAGCGCCCCGGCGGGCACCGUGCUGCUCCGGCUCAACGCCUCCGACCCGGACCAGGGCCCCAGCGGCAACGUCACCUACGCCUUCGGGAGCCACACGGCCGAGCGGGUCCGCGGCCUGUUCGGCCUGCACCCGGCCAGCGGGGAGCUGACCCUGCGCGGCCCGCUGGACUUCGAGGCGGACCCCUACUACGAGUUCGACGUGCGGGCCCGGGACGGCGGCGCCCCGGCCAUGGAGCAGCACUGCAGCCUGCGCGUCGACCUGCUGGACGUCAACGACAACGCCCCGCAGAUCACCCUGACGUCCGAGCUGGGCAGCAUCCGCGAGAGCGCCGAGCCGGGCACCGUGGUGGCCCUCAUCAGCGUCCAGGACCCGGACUCCGGCUCCAACGGCGACGUGAGCCUGCGGAUCCCCGACCGGCUGCCCUUCGCCCUCAAGUCGGCCUUCCGAAACCAGUUCUCCCUGGUCACGGCCGCCGCCCUGGACCGGGAGGCGCAGGCCAGCUACGAGAUCCCCGUCACCGCCUCGGACGCCGGCUCGCCGCCGCUCAGCAGCCAGCGGACCGUGGCCCUCAACGUGUCGGACGUGAACGACAACGCGCCCGCCUUCGUCCGGCGCUCCCACGAGGUCUUCGUGCAGGAGAACAACCGGCCGGGCGUGCUGCUCUGCUCCCUGGCCGCCUCGGACCCGGACUCCGGCCUCAACGGCCUCAUCGCCUACUCGCUCCUGGAGCCGCGGGGCCGGGACGCCGCCGCCGCCGCCGCCUCCUCCUCCUCCUCCUCCUCCUCCUCGUCCUCCUCGUCCUCCGCCGCCGCCGCCUCUUCCUCCUCCUCCUCCUCCUCCGCCGGCGCCGCCUCCUCCUUCCUCUCCCUCAACCCGCAGACCGGGGCCGUCCACGCCGCCCGCUCCUUCGACUACGAGCAGACGCAGACGCUGCAGUUCGAGGUGCAGGCCCGCGACCGGGGCGAGCCGCCGCUCAGCAGUACCGUGACCGUCCGCCUCUUCAUCCUCGACGUCAACGACAACGCCCCCGCCGUGCUCCGCCCGCAGGCCCGGCCCGGGGCCCUCUGUCCCCAGGCGCUGCCGCCCUCCGCCGGCGCCGGCCACCUGGUGACCAAGGUGACGGCCGUCGACCUGGACUCGGGCUACAACGCCUGGGUCUCCUACCAGCUGUUCGAGGCGCCCGAUCCCACGCUCUUCGCCGUGUCCCGCUACGCCGGGGAGAUCCGCACGGCCGGGCCCAUCCCCGCCGACCUCCCCCCGCAGCGGCUGGUCAUCGUGGUCCAGGACAGCGGCAACCCGCCGCUGUCCACCUCGGUGACCCUCCUCGUGUCCCUGGAGGACGACGCGCAGGCCGCCCUCUCGGAGGUCGGGGACUCGUCGGCGCCACCGGACGGCGACUCGCGCCUGACCCUCUACCUGGCCGUGUCGCUGGUGGCCAUCUGCUUCGUCUCCUUCGGCUCCUUCGUCGCCCUCCUGACCAGGUGCCUCCGCGGCUCGGCCGGCUGCCCCCGCUGCCCCUCCCGGGCCCGCGCCUGCCUCGGCCGGCCCCGGAGGCGGGAGGGCCCGCCGCCCACCAACGGCAUCCUCCGCAUCCAGCUGGGGGCCGAGGAGCCCAUCAAGUUCGUGGACGUGGGCGGGCACUCGCACGGCUGCACGCCCCUGGCUUCCGCGCCCCCGCGGAGCGACAGCUUCAUGAUGGUGAAGCCCGGGAGCGCGCCCUCGCCGGGCGGGGCGGUCCGCCCGAGCUGCCCGACCUCGGACCUGCUCUACGGUCCGGAGCAAGCUCCCCCCAACACGGACUGGCGUUUCUCUCAGGCUCAGAGACCCGGCACCAGUGGAUCCCAGCCUGGUGAUGAAGGAGGCACCUGGCCCAACAACCAAUUUGACACGGAGAUGCUGCAGGCUAUGAUCUUGGCCUCUGCCAAUGAAGCGGCGGACGGGAGUUCCACCUUGGGCGCGGGCACCAUGGGUCUGAGCGCUCGCUACGGGCCCCAGUUCACCCUGCAGCACGUGCCCGACUACCGCCAGAACGUCUACAUCCCGGGCAGCACGGCCACGCUGACCAACGCCGCGGGCAAGAGGGAUGCCAAGGUUCCCGCCGCCGGCGGGGGCGGGGGCGGCGGCGGCGGCGUACUGACCACUUUUUUGCCCUCCCAGCCUCUAAAACGCUUCUCUUUCCGUAUAGCCGUGUAG